AUGGGUAACGCUCAAAGCACUAUAGAGAACUACCAAAUUCUGCAUACACAACAAGCACAUACACAGCAAGCACAACAAGCAAAUGGCUUUAGCCCAGUACACACUCCGAUACAUAGUGUACACGACCUUUCAGCCUAUGAAUUACAAACGAUAACCAGUGAAUCUGAAAUAGCCUUAACAGAAAAAACCGAAAACUUUACUAUUAAGCCAUCAUUGCAACCUAUAAAGAGCGGUCCGAUAGAUCGCCCAAAAAUAGAUGAAGAUCCAUCGCCUAUGUUAAACCCGUCAUCAUGGACAAAACUGAUCUGGCUCGGUUUUGCUUUCUUGAACAUGUAUACCUUGUUAGCAAGUGUCCUUCUGAUCAAGUUUUAUUAUAGUGAGUUGGGCGGACAUGGCAAAAUGAUAGCUCGUUCAGCUUUUCUUUUAAUAACGGCUUUUGAGUUACUUCCUCGUUUUGUGAACAUUUAUCAGAUAUAUAAAUACACCAACCAUUCUCUCAGUCUAAUUGAAGGCUUUGGUGUUCUUCUCGCCAAGAAAGAAGCCUAUCUUCUCAUUGGCCGUCAUCAUCUAUCCCAAAGCCAAGUAGAUCGUUUGGGUGUAACAUCUGACUUGAUAUGUUUGCUAUAUAUUUGUUGGCUCGGUUUUUUUGGUGGGGAGAAUCUUAUGGCAAAUUAUGCUGAUUGCGCGGAACUAUCAUGUGAGAAGAAGGAAAAAGAAUGA